CCCACCAAACCAAUACAAGAAUUCAACAAAUCUGAGGAUCUCUUUCAAGAUGGCACGACAGAUGGAGUGCGAGAGGCUACACAAGGCGCUUUAUGAUUGCCACCGCCGUGUCCCGGCGGGAACAGGGAGGGAAACGGCGUGUCGGCACCUGAACAGGGCCUUAGCAGAGUGCAUGGUAGCGGUGGUAUGUCCUGAUGAGUCAGAGGCUGUUCGUAGUUUGUGUUCAAGUGGUGGGACCAAACUUAAACGGUCUCAAUGCCAAGAAGCCCAGCUUGCACUUUCUGUCUGUCUCUCUUCACAUCAACAAGAAUGAUAUAAUUUAUGUAUAAUGAUCAACAAGAAUAGCAAUAACAAUAAUGUUGAAGCAAAACCUUAUUUUUUAAUCUUUUGGGUUCAAUUCAAGGUUGUCUCUUCUUGUGUUGCUUAUAGGCUUAUUAUUAACAUGUUGUAAUGGUUGUUUGAUGUAUGAUCGUGCAGAAUGACGCAAAAGGCUAUGCUGAUACAUAUAGCCGACUCCAGCGAGGUUGAGAUUGAGCUUGGUUGUUGUAAUGGCGUAUUUGGAAAUGUAUACAGAAUUUUAAGAGAAAUAUUUUCAAGUUUAUGAAGAUUUUAGGGUUGGAUUCAGUUUUGCA